AUGACCGCCAUGUCUUCUGCAGGACUGUUGCAACAAGCGGGGCUCGACCCGAUGACGAGAGCCAUUUUGAUGGGGACAACUUUUUUGGACAACUGCGGGGCCCAGAGUUGGAACCUGCGGCUUGUGGGAAUCACCACCACCUUUGCGUUGUGGAUGAUUCGUGUCAUCUUUCAGAAAAAGCGUGGUGUAGACUGGUACGCCCUGUUGCACGCCCUCAUCAGUUCACUGGGGAGUAUUCUUUGUGUUUAUUUGGAUCUUUUUGCAGCAGAAACCUUGACAGGCACUCCAGAACCACUCCGGUCUUGCCAAUGUGCCCCGCCUUUGACCAGCUUGCAUCGCAUUCUACCAGCGAUUACCAUGGGAUAUUCUCUUUUUGAUCUGCUGGACGGCUUGACGAUUGGCAUCGACUUUGCUCUGCAUGGACUGGCAACCUUACUGAUUAUGGCCUUCUUUUGUGAGCACGACGUUCCCCAUAUAAUUACGCCAAUGCUGCUCAUGGAGGCGUCGACGCCCUUUUUGGCUAUCGUCAAGGCUGAUUUCUUUUCCGAAACGGCUUCACUGUUGAAUCAGAUGGGCUUUGCGCUGACUUUUUUCUCCUGCAGAAUUGUAAUCGUUCCCUACAUGUGGUUAAUCCUCAUGUGGACAAUGAUGGAGCAAAAGUCGUCACCUCGCUACCAGGAAUGCUUCCCAAGCUAUUUGUUUCCGGUCUCUUUCAUUUUCGGGAUGUUCUUCAAUGUGUUGAAUCUGUACUGGUUCAUCAAAAUUGUAAAGAAGGCCCGUCGGAAGCUACUGGGUAUCGAAAAAGUACACCACGGCAACGAGUUGAACGAGAAUAAAGUAAAACGUGUCUAGAGGGCUUUUGCCAAUAGAAGUC